GGGGCGGGACGGGACGGGUCGGGACGGGGCAGAGUCGGGAGCGGGGAUCGGCCAUGGGGAAGCUGCUGGCGGUGGCUCUUGUCGGGAUAGCGGCAGCCCUGGUGGCAGAGCGGCUGCUGGCCUUUCGGAACAGACUCAAUGCUUCACGGGAAGUAGCCCCAGUAACACUCCCGAACUGCCGGCUCAUUAAAGGAAUCGAAGCUGGUUCCGAAGACAUCGACAUACUUCCCAAUGGACUAGCUUUCAUCAGCUCUGGCUUGAAAUAUCCAGGAUUAAAGAGCUUUGCUCCAGACAAGACAGGUGAAAUAUUUUUGAUGGAUUUGAAUGAAGACUAUCCCAAGGCAGUGGAACUGAGAAUCAGCCGAGGGUUUGAUCUGUCAUCGUUUAACCCUCAUGGAAUCAGCACCUAUGUAGACAAAGAUGACACCGUGUACCUCUUUGUUGUGAACCAUCCCCAUCAGAAGAGCACAGUAGAAUUGUUUAAAUUUGUAGAAGAUGACAAUUCUCUUUUACACCUGAAAACCAUUCAACAUGAUCUUCUGGCAAGUGUGAAUGAUAUAGUAGCCAUGGGGCCAGAUAGUUUCUAUGCUACCAAUGACCACUACUUCACCGACUUCAUCUUGAUGUUCUUAGAGGUGUUCUUGGGUUUAACUUGGUCAAAUGUUGUUUACUACAGUCCAAAAGAAGUUAAGGAAGUGGCAACUGGCUUUUGUUCAGCCAAUGGAAUUAACAUUUCACCUGAUAGAAAGUACAUCUAUGUUGCAGAUGUAUUUGAUCAUAGUGUUCAUGUUAUGGAAAAACACACUAACUGGAAUUUAACUCACGUGAAGACACUGCAGCUGGACACUCUGGUCGAUAACUUGUCUAUUGAACCUCACACUGGAGACAUCUGGACAGGAUGUCAUCCCAAUGGGAUGAAGCUGUUCUACUAUGAUCCUGAAAAUCCUCCUGCCUCUGAGGUUCUGCGCAUCCAGAACAUCCUCUCAGAGGAGCCUGUGGUGACGCGCGUCUACGCUGACAACGGCUCUGUGCUGCAGGGGAGCUCAGUGGCAGCCAUCUACGAGGGAAAACUGCUCAUUGGCACAGUCUACCACAGAGCCCUCUACUGUGAGCUAUAGCUCGUCAUGGGUAAGAUCUGCUGCAGUGGAAAGGAUUUAAUUCCUUGGGAACUCAGUUUCUGCUAGAUUUGCUAACAACGAGACUGUUCCAAUAAAGGUUAACUGCAGUAAUAGAGAUGUAUUUUAGCCUUCCUCUCCAAAAUGAGACUUCUACACAAUAGUGAAGGAAAUGUAAUUGAAGGUGAGAAAUUAGUUUAUUUGUGUAAUGGGGAGGACCCCAUAUCAGUAACAAAGGGUUACCUUGAAGUUCAGUUUCAGAUUGCAAAUGACUAAACUGUCAGACACUGAACUCAUCUCUGCUGGCUGGAUUUUGUUUUGGUUUUUUGGUUGGGUUUUUUUUUUUUUUCCCCAUGAGAAAACUGAUUUUGUAAAUAAGAAUUGUUGACUACCAGUGUGGUGUGUGUUAUUGUGACUGACCCCUGGGCCUUCCCAGGGACUGUGUGAGUGGGUCUUCUUCUGAAUCUGCCUAUUGGCUUUCCCUAAUGCAUCCAGAAUAACUGGAAGGUGAAUAAAUGUUAUUUCAGUUUCAUCCACUUCCCCUUCCCCCUUCAAGCCAUUUCCUAACAUUACUUCAGGUUCCUAAAUUUUUCUUAAUUCUAUUGAGAAAAGAGUAGGGUAUCACUUCAGAAUGGUUUCUUACUGAGUCUUCCAAAGGGAGUUUAAAAAAGCUUUUUUUACUCUUAAAGAGUGGGAAACAUGUCCUGAGCACCUUCAUUGAGGAGUGCAUUAGCAAUUACUGUUGUCUGUCACAGAAAAGGGAGCAUUUCCAGACACUUUGCCACAGUGACUAUCCUCAAGCCUUGGUCACACUUUGUGUGUUUAUCUUCAGUCGGUCCGGAGCCGAUUCCCACUGUGCUACUGUGCAGCAGGCACCCCUUCCUGUUUAUCUAGCAUCAGCUACUGAUAAUGUCUCACACUGCUAAACAGCCUACCCAGGUUUCCAUCAGCUGGUGGUUUUGGAAUAGUGUUAGUAGUCACUUUCAGUGAACUGAACGGAAUGUCCUUUGAAGCCGGAAAUCAGUUUGGUGCUCUCCAGUGUGCACAGCAAGAUGCCAGAAACCCCUGUUUUGGCCACCACUUGGUUUCCUGCUCAUGGAGUGAGCUCUUCUUGCAUUAGUGUAGAUAUCCUUACCCACAGAGCAGCUCCUGCUGCUCUUUUUGUCCUUCCGAGUUCCCAGCUGUGAUCAGCCCUCCAGUUUUGUGAGAUGCUGACAUCCAGCUUAAGGUUCUGUGUUACCUGUGGUGGCUCUCCUGCAGGGGUUGCUGCUGUGCUGCCCGUGGCCCUUCUCAGCAUCUUGGCAACCCCUCCAAAUGCUGCCACCAGACAGACCUCCCCAGGGCUGCCAGCCCCUCUGUAUACUUCAGCUGAUGCAGUAGCUUUUCCUCACUACAGUCCUUCUCCCAUUGUAUGGAGAAAAAAGACAGGCUGCUCCUGAAGGGCGAGCCUGGGAGGAGAGAGAGCCAGUCCCUGGGGUGCCAAUUGCUAUGCUAGCUUUGCUCUUCCCUCCUGCAGUCUGCUCCACCACCAGCCACAGCCCCUCCAGUCUGGAGAGUGCACGGAAAGUCCAGUACUUUGAAAACACAGGAGUACUUGUGCCUACAAGAUAGAGAAAAUAACCCACUCUGUAGUGGCUCAAACACUGAGGCAGGAGGCAGAGUAUGUGCAAACCAUCCUCUGGAUUUUCCCAUUCUGGCUGAGAGGAGGCAGUACUGCAGGCUGACGUUUGGGUGAGCAGUGGCCCUGAAGAACAAAUGUGUGUACUGACACCUCUUGGCUCCUGCUGUCUUCCUUUCUAACAAGCCUAAUGGCUUUCAUCCACUGGUAGGAGAAGAUCUGCCACUCCUUUCCUGACGGAAAGGGACAGCUCUAACCAGAGCAAGGAGUCCGUGCCAGGGCUCGUGGCUGAGGCAGUGUUGCUGUACAGGAGGGAUGAUGUCAUCCCCCUUCCUGUGCACAGCUGUGGGUCUUGCCACAUCACCCAUCUCCUGCCCCCAAAAAGCAUCUGCUGCACCCUGUGCUGCCCCAAGCUCGCUGGAACAGACCCUGCUUGGUGUAAGGCAAGUCCCUGGGCACAAAGAAGUUCUGUGAGGUUGAAGAACUGAGCCAGUGGGCAUGUUUGGCUCAGUCACUGUGCUCUUCCUGAUGCCAGCAGCUUCCCCCUGCUGCCAUGGUAGAAAGCUCUUUCACAUGCAUGUACAAAUGGCACAUGCUGCAGGGGUUACCGAUGGCCAGAAGGGGAGACUUGAGCAUUAGUUAACUGCGUGGCUAAUUGACUUGUCUCUUGGUGGUGGCCCUGCAUGAGCAGGUCUGUGCACAAACUGCGUUCACAGCUCCUCUCCAAAACGCUCACAAAAGACUUGAGGGCAGCCCAGGCUUCACUGUCUGCUCACAAAGGCUUUGGUGACAAGGACUCAACCAUUUGGAUCACAGUUUUGCUGACCAUGGCGUGCAGCCCUGCCACAGAGUAGAGCUGGCCUUGAAUGAGGACGGCUUUUGUCUCAUCCCUUUGCUGUACUUGCCUUUGGCAUUACCUAACCCUGGCUUUGCUACUUGCUCCUUAGCAACUUCUCUCCCUGCGGGACACUUUCAGCUUCCCUUGGAAGUGGUGUACUUUCCUACAGGAACGUGUAAUCCAUUUUCAGUCUUGAGGAACAGACGCCAUUCCCAGAGCCCAAGCUGAAAGGACUGCUCUGAAGAAAGUUCUCACAGCAAUGAGAGGUUGGGCUAUUAACUUGUUCAUGAUUACCCAUCAACAGUCUGCACAAGCAUUCUAAAGUGGUUAUUUUAGGAUUGUGCCACUAUUUGUUCUAAAGUGCCAUCUCCUAAAGAAUUAUAUCACGCAUUAGUGGCAGUAACACACUGAAAUGCUGAUCAGCCACUCUGCUGGUCCUGGAUUUACUCUGUGUUUGCAGAAAUGCAAUAACCAUUUCCCUCAGCAGUGGCAGAAGUAACCCAUAAAAACAUUAACUUCAAAUUCUGCAGUGGCUUAAAACAUCUUCAAAUAAGCAAAUCCACACAUUGUUGGAUCUUGUCAAACUUUUACUUUUUUGUUGGUUUUAGCCUUUCAGAAAAUAAAGAUUGUCUUCACUCA